AUGGAUGUCACUCACACCCCUCUGCUCGCCCCAUUCUCAAAAGUUCACCUGACAGUGGACACCUCAUCUGGAUUUAUCUGGGCCACCCCAUUGAAGGGUGAGACCGCUCGUCACGUCAUUCAGCACACCCUGCGCUGUUUUGCUGUGAUGGGUAAACCACAAAGCAUUAAAACGGAUAAUGGACCUGCCUAUAUUUCUUCGCAAUUCUCAUCCUUUUGUGAUUUAUGGAAUGUGAAAUUAAUCCAUGGUUUGCCUUUUAAUUCAACAGGACAGGCGAUUGUGGAGAGGGCACACUUGACCUUCAAGACACUGCUAUCCAAACAACUUGGAGGUCGAAAUGCCCCCUCCGCCGAGAUUCCUUCAAUUGUGCAUACUGUUUUAUUCACUCUUAACCGUCUUUUGUAUCCCCACAAUAGGGAAUACACACCGGCUGAGAUUCAUUUUCGAAAAGCAGAGCCUUUGGCUCUUGUGUCUUACAGACAACUACCUGAUCCAACAUGGCAUGGCCCCGCUCCACUGAUCUCCUGGGGACGCGGCUACGCGGCGGUGGACCUGGAUGGACGGCCUACCUGGUUACCGGCGCGCUGUGUGCGCCCCUGGCGAGCUUCUGCCUCGGAAGUGAAAGCAGCAACGAGCCAUACUUCACCCUCUCUGGCGGACGUCGCCUUCCUGCAGCCCUGA